UGCAGCUGGACAUGUACAAAAAGACAGAGAAUAUAUAUCAACCUUUGUUUGCAAUAUAUUUUUUUGUUAGAACAAUCAAUUUGUCCUAAAUGUGUCCUAGAUGCAUAAGGUAAUAAUUGGAAAGAAGCGUCUUAAGAGAUUGGUUUCUCUUCCAACAACAGGGACCAGAAAAUGGCGAUCGAAAGAUUCAAGAGAAGGAGCAGGCUCGGGAUUUGGAAAACCAAACGUAUAUCAUGCCACAGUGGUGAUCUUUCUAGAGUUUUUUGCUUGGGGUCUUCUCACAUCACCAAUGUUGACAGUGUUACAUAACACAUUCCAAGAGCACACUUUUCUAAUGAAUGGAUUAAUUCAAGGGGUUAAGGGAAUCUUGUCUUUUCUUUGUGCGCCAUUAAUUGGAGCUUUGUCUGAUGUCUGGGGACGUAAAUCCUUUCUCCUUGUAACUGUCUUCUUCACCUGCAUUCCUAUUCCACUUCUUAGAUUUAAUCCAUGGUGGUUCUUUGCCAUGAUCUCAGUUUCUGGAAUGUUUGCAGUCACCUUUUCUAUAGCUUUUGCAUAUGUAGCUGAUUGUACAGAAGAAAGUGAAAGAAGUACAGCUUAUGGCCUGGUUUCUGCCACAUUUGCAGCAAGUCUUAUCAUCAGUCCCGCUCUGGGAGCUUAUCUUGGCAACAUAUAUGACGACAGUGCAGUUGUGGCACUUGCUACAUUUGUGGCUGCAUCUGACCUGUUAUUUAUUUUAAUUGCUGUUCCUGAGUCUCUUCCUGAACGGAUCCGGCCAGCAUCUUGGGGAGCACCCAUCUCCUGGGAGCAGGCUGAUCCUUUUGCUUCUUUACGGAAAGUCGGUCAGGAUCCUAUAGUCCUUCUGAUGUGUAUUACUGUGUUUUUGUCGUAUCUACCUGAAGCUGGCCAGUAUUCCUGUAUGUUUAUAUAUCUUAAACAAGUUAUACAUUUUACUGCUGAAGAUGUAGCAACAUUCAUAGCAGUGUUAGGUGUUCUGUCAGUUAUAUCUCAGACUGUUGUUCUCACAUGUCUCAAGAAAACUAUAGGAUUGAAGAACUGUGUGUUAAUAGGUUUAAUAUUUGAAAUUCUUCAGUUAUCUUGGUAUGGUCUGGGAACACAGUUUUGGAUGAUGUGGGCUGCUGGUUCUCUAGCUUCAGUAUCCAUGAUCACAUAUCCUUCUAUGAGUGCCUUGGUGUCUUGUAAUGCUGAGGCAGACCAACAAGGUUCAUAAUUU